CAUCUUUGAGAAUGAGCCUAUUCCAGUGGAAACAUUGAUCUCUUGCGCAAUUUGAGAUCCAGGCGCACAAUCCAAGUUUAUCGAGACUUCAAUGUUGGUUUCAUUAGUUUUUCGUGUUAUAGAAGCUGUUCGAGGUGCAGACAUGGUAGAAAGAAAAGUUGAUUUCGAUUUCGGCCCGUAACUGCCGUAACGUCCUUCCUAUAGCGUAGCAUGUCUCCCAGAAUCAGAUCCUAUAGUACUGUUCCAGGAUUCUUCGUACAAGAUAAUCCAGAUGUCGAUCCAAUUGUUAUCGGAGCAGUCCCCCCUCGAUUCGGCCUAAUAGAUGAUUCCAAGGAUCGAUGGUACAACCUUGGCCGAAAAAUUACACGCAUGAAUGAAGACGCAGAUAAUCAGACGUCACACAAAGUCUUAAUUCUGGGGAGGCAUGGUGAAGGUUUUCAUAACAUAGGCGAGGCCAAAUAUGGUACUAAAGCAUGGGAUAACUACUGGUCCAAGCUCAAUGGCGAUGGAGAAAUAAUCUGGGGUCCUGAUCCGAAGCUCACUACCCUAGGAGAAGAGCAAGCUAGGAUCGUGAAUCAAGAGUGGAAAAAUGAGCUAUCAUUUGGGCUUUCCGUUCCCGCUUCACGUUACUGCAGCCCAUUGACCCGCGCGACCAGAACAUGUCUCCUCACUUUUGACGGUCUACCUACCAGUGCAGAACAUCCUGUGGUCAUUGUCGAGAAUUGCCGCGAGGAAUACGGGGAACACACUUGCGACAAACGCAACUCGAAGUCGUGGAUCUCCGCACAUCUUCCCGAUUUUGUCUUUGAAGAGGGCUUCACUGAAGAGGAUGAAAUCUGGACUGCAAACGAAAGGGAAACACACGCGCAUGCUGCUAGCCGCGCAAAGACUACCCUUGAUAUGAUAUUCGACAGCGACGAUAAUGACUUUUGUCUAGUCAUAUCUAUUACUGCUCAUGGGGGAAUAAUUAAUGGUUUAUUAACCGCAGUGGGUAGGAAGCGUUAUGCACUUACUACAGGAGGUGUAUUGCCUUUAGUGGUCAAGUCAACGUCUCUGCAGUGAAAUUUUCGUUCUCUGCCCUCUGUUGCCUGUAGAUCUAUCUGUGAAUUGCAAAUGCUUAAAUCGAUUAUGUCUAUUAUUGACACAUUUCAGUCCCCCUGCAGCUAUUCCUGAGCGUUGGCAAUGCCUACGAGAACU